AGAAACAAAAAUCAGGUUUUUGUGCUCCUUUAUUGGAGUGUUGAGUCGGGUUUCUUAAACCAUCGGUUCGAGUUCCGGGUCAGGGUCACAUCUGACGGUUAACAUUUAACGCAUCUCGUUUCGAGUAAAAUCUAAAAAUCGCAAUAGAGCAAACGCCACCGAAUCAGGAACCAAGAAGACCGUCCAUCUUGAUCUAGCGGAGAUUCACGCCCUUCCAUGGCGGAACAAAACCGAAACUCCUUAUCAGAGGAGGAGAAGACUAUAAAGUCGCCUAAUGUGUUAGAACGGGUCAACGAAGAAAUAGAGGCAAUGAGUCAUCAUGAAAAGUCGAGGAGUCGCCAUCACAAAGAGACUCAUGGAACAAGUGACGACAUUGAUGAGAACACAGCUGUUGAUGAUGUGAAGGGACCUGGUUUCUUUCAACGCCUCAAAGAAGAGGUCCAAGCCAUCUUUGCCUCAUUCGUUGGUGCUGUUACUCCAAAGCCUUCUUCAAAGAAGUGAACUUUCAUAAUAUCUUCGUAUAUAUGUUAAUGCAUAAGAGAGAGAUCCCCGACAACUAACUCAAUUUCAUGUUCAAUGUAAUAAUUUCUAAAUUGGUAGUCUUUGACAAAUAUCUGUAUUACGUGUGGAUUCCUUGUGAAUACCAGCAAAGAUAAGAGAGGCUUUUGGAGUUAAAAA